GUCACCUAAUAACCCUACAUAGCAACACUAUAAACAACUAUGUAAGUUUUUCGACAAAACAACGCUUUAAAUCAAUGAAACAUGACCAUGGAGUGGAGUACUUACCUAAAAAACGCUAAAAAAUCCUGCAUGGUCGACAAUAAACUAAAAAGAGUGAGAUAUGACUUUGAUGAUGGCAAAAUUAUGGUCGAAGAAUAUAACAUGGAUACAUAUGUAGUUACAAGGAGGGCGUGGAAAAAAAGCACCAAGAUCGGCGAUCAGGACCAAUGGGAGAUCGAGCUGGGGGACCCUGAGCCUACUUACAAUAAGGAGGAAGGGGUUAUUAAGGAAAGCUCGACACAGCCGUUUUUGAGUAAAAGGUUGACUAGGAUCAAUAUUGAAUGGCGUGUUAGGAACUUACCUUAUUCAUUUGAUGUUUAUUCAAUAAGUAUUGAUAACGAUGAUAAAUGUAUUAUUGUAAGAACAACAAAUAAGAAGUAUUUUAAGAAAAUUACAGUUGUGGAUAUGGUGAGGCUUAAACUGCCUUUGAGUAAAGAAAAUUUGUCGUAUUCUCACAAUUUUAAUACUCUUAUUAUUACUUAUAAAAAACCUAAGGAAAUGUUAGAGUUUGAGAAGGGUUUAAUAGAAGAAAUUAAGCAAAUGGAACCGCCCAAUCACGGUGAUAAUGCCAGUUGUAAACCUAGUUAAUUAUUUAUAAUAAAAAUAUACAA